AGACGACAGCAAUGCAGCAACAACAACAGCAGCAGUUGCUGCUACAGCAGCAGCAGCAACACGACGACAAACGAUAUGAUGUGCAUUAUUUGUUGAAACAGUUAAAUAGUUUUAGUGAUAUAGAAGAAAUAGAAAUUGUUGAUAUGAAGCAAAGACAGCAACAGCAGCAGCAGCAACAACAGCAACAUAGACAGCAGCAACAGUCUCAGGCACAGCCACAGCCACAACAAGCGAAGCCCGCUACUGCCAGCUCCUUGGAGCUCAUGUCGCUACCAGCUCUGGCCGCCCGCACACCUUCAUCGCAAUCGCACAAGGGCAACUUUAUGCUGGGCGUGGAUGCAGCUGGCGGCAGCACGCAACGUUUGCAAUUCGAUGAUUAUUUAUUCGAAUCGUGCCAUUAUCUGGAGACAAACUACUUUGCGGCUAACUAUCGCACUGCCAUGGUCGAGAGCAGCUCCCACGAGUUUCGCCACUCAACCACCACGCCCACUAGCACGCGCUCCGAAAGCUUUGAGCUGCAUGAAAUGCAACCCGCGAGCGUCAACUGUCAGUCGCUGCCACCGCCGCCCAUGGGCAUGCCGCAGCAACAGGCCGAGGUGCGUUUAACUAGCAGCGGCGUGCAAACUGAACUGAGCAGCAGCAAGCAUGAGGAUGAGGACAGUCCGCCCAGCAGCAGCAGCACAGCGGCGUUCUUUAGCUGCUGCUAUACGCCCAUUGGUCGCUGGCGUCAGCGGCGUCUCGAUGCCCACAAGGCGAGCAGCAGCCAUCCCGUCUGACAGCUGCUGUCACUUCAG